AUGAGGCCGUGGGAGAAGAUCGAGAGCUACACAGUGUUCAAUUUUCCUGAGCAUGUCGUUCUUUUAGGGGCUUUUUCGGCCCCUGUGCCUGGGGCGGAAUGUGGGUCAGGAGUCGAGGGAAGCUCACCGCAUGCGCGUGCCUUCUCGCCGUGUGGCGCAAGAUGUAGGGACGCCCGCGGACGCGCUCACGGCGUUCGAGUCUGCGCCUGCGCGGGGAGAGUGGCGUUCAUUCCAAAGAAGUUCAUCUCAGAAGAGGACCUCUCUCGCACCGCUCACCGACACCUCCAUCAGCAGCGCGCCGCCUCUUCUGCAGCGCGCGUGACGGCCCGCCUCGCUUCUGAAGCAGCGACAGCAGCUGUGCGUGAAGCCACAUCCGACGAGGGCUCGGCUUCACGCUCGGACCCAUCCGGCGGCAAGGACCUCUCGUUUGAGAGAGAGGCCGGUGGCGCCGCCUCCACUGCGGCUCCAGUCGAGAAGCGCACGACCAGUCUCUCCAUUCUGGGGGGUAUCUUGUCGAGUUUUUCGGCAGCGCUCGCCGACUCGAGCAGCGGGAAGGAGCCUGCGCAGACUGACGCUGCCAUUCUGUCUUCCUGUGCCCUCCGCGACGCCGCUCUCUGCCCGACAUCCGUUCGGGUCUACCAGCGCUGCGUCACAUCGUGGGCGUGCCUGGAGGACCUCCGUGCCGAGCUUCAGCGGCUGGCAGAGCGCGCUGGCCAGCGGUACAGACUGUGGAGGCUGCAGCAGACCAGACUUCACCAGCCGCUGCUUCUCCCCGAACACGCGCCGCAGCGCCUCUGGGCCGUUUUUCACGCGCUGGCUGCGCGCGUCUCGAGCACGAGGGACGAUGAGGCGCGGUCCUCGCCCGCCACGGCGAGCCAAAGCGCAGCUCGCGGGAUCGACUCGGCAUCUUUGGCCAGUCGCCAGCAGCCGCCUACGCGUGAGGCCGGAGACGCUGAGAGUGUCGCGUCGUUCGGCGCAGGCGCCGGCGCCUCCGGCUUGCGGGAGUCAGGGGAAGGAGUCAGUUCGAUGCAGCGGGCGCUGGAGGAUGCGUCAGAGCGGAAAGCCGAAGAGAGAGCAGGAGAAGGAGAGCGGUGCUUCCUCUCGUGCGGGAUCGUGGGUGCCAUUCGGUUUCUCAUGGGCUUUUACCUCGUACUGGCCACGGAGAGUCAGCAAGUCGCCACACUCGGCUGUGUCCGCGCAAUCUCCGCGCGAGCCCCGCCAGGUGACGCGCAAGCAGGAGAGGGGAGGCAAGGGGCGGCAAGCGCCGAGACGGCGGCGGUGAAGGAGAUCUCCCGCGCCCAGGAGGAACGGCGCGCCAGCGCAUAUGUCCUCCUGGACGGGGCGAAGCAGCCCGAGGCAGCGGCGGCUGGCGGACAUGAGCACUACGGCACUGGGCACCCUGUUUACAUGCUCAGACAUGUCCACCUCCUGCCUCUCUUUUAUUUCCACUCCCGAAAAGAAGCGGCUUUCUCUCCCUGGCUGCAGCCUGCCUGGCAAGCGGAGCGGAGUGAGAGUGCCGCAGGCAGCAACAGAUCCCACAGCGCCUGCUCGCCCUCGAAAGACGACGUCAGCAGCGAGAAGGAAGCGAUCCUGCGUUGGUUGGCUGACGUGGCUCACUCCGACCGGGCGGACAGCUCGCACACGGGCGAGCGUCAAGAGAAGUUGUCGCCGGAUUCAGGGAUGUGUGACCCUUUGCAUGCCCCCCGCGAUGCGCGCGCGACGAGACCCGAGGUGCGGCGGUUGAGCGCCGCGUCAAACGCGUCGGCGGAGGACGCGACGGACGCCUCACGCAGCGUCUCUUUGUUUCGGCCUGGCGUCGCUCCACUCAUCGCCCAGAAGGCGACUCCGGCGUAUGCCGCAGAUUAUCAGAGGAGCCGGGCGCAGCUGCUUGAGUCCGAGAGGAAAUACCAGACGCUUUUUCUUCAAGUCUUCCUCAGCCCGGCGCUCUCUUUCUUCUACAGCCCCACCCUGGACCUCACACAGUCCGCACAGGCAAGCGGUCUUCGACGAGCGCAGGGGACGCGGGAUGUUACCCACGACGAGAAAGUGAAUAUGCGCGGAGGGAGUGCGGGAGACGGGGAGAACAGAGAAGACACGAUGUACUCAGACGACUUCCAAGGUGAGAACCAAACAACGGCUCGUCUGGAGCUCUUGGAAGGCAAGAAACUCGACGCCGUCUUCAAUCUCUUUCUUCUCGAGCCGUUCGUCCCGCUGACGUCGCCUUCCUCUCGCCAAGCGCCUCCCACUUGUCUUCCGCUCGGUCCCUCGCAUCCCCUGCCCUCCUCGUCUUCGCUUUCGUCUACAAAGGAUGGGCGAGAAACGCCGAACUCUGUCUGCGACGACUCCGCACGCGUUGCGCGGGCCUGCGGGCACUCAGCCAUUUUGCCUGAGGGUGCGCCUUCUCUGUGCGCACCAGGCGACGUGGCUGAGGCCUCAGCCCGACGUGCAGCGGGCCGCCUUCAAAGGUGUGCAUAUCGACUCGCGGAGGCCCCGAGGGCCGGGCAGGCGCCGUGCGCGGGUCUCGCAGACAUGUCGCCCUGGCUGCUGCUGCUUCAACAGGGAUGCGUCGUUCAGAAGUUCUUCUCAGCCUCUCGCCCUGUAAGGGCGCGGGCGCGCCUUCGUCAUCCGCACGGUACAAGGACUGGGUCGACGCAUUUGCCGUCUUCCGAGGGCACGUCGUCGCCGCAGGACUCCCUCGCCUUGGCGACGGACUCCCUGCUCUCUGCUUUUUCCUCUUCCCCUUCGUUGGUUCCUUCCUUGGUAGCUGCUUCCUCCCCCCCGCGUUCUGCGGAGCCUUCUUCGUCCUCGACUCUGAGUUCGGCCCCGAGUGCCUCCUCCACAGCCGCGCGUGCAGCUGCGGCGUCGCGCCGCGGGCCGCAGGCAGCGCUGGAGGAUGCCUCAGCGACACCUCUGCCUCCCACGAGUCACAGCGCGGCCGCUGAGCCCACCGAGCCGACACGCUUGCAGCGAGACGUGCAUAGAGAGGAGGAGUGCACCACAGAGGAAAGUAGAGAACGUGACCAGGGGCACACGGCGCCGGCAAGCCUUGCGGAGAGCGCACAGCCGAAGGACGAGAUUCGAGUGCUGUUUUCACUCGUUGUUAUCGCUCGCCGGCUGAGACUCGGUGCAGGCGCACGCUGGUUUCGCCGUGGCCUUGCGCUACCGGCGCUCCCUCGUGCGGCAGGUGCUGGUGCAUCGGCCCCAACCACAGGCAGCUGGCGGCUUGCCGCUCAGCCUCCACCCUCCCAGGUGUCCUCAGCAGCCUCCUUAGCGAGCAACGAGCUCGCCGCAGUCGCCGACGCCGUCUCGUCGUCUGCGGAGGACUGCGCGUGGCCCGUCGAGGACGCGCUCGCGGCUCUGGGGGACAGCGCGGUGGCGGCCAACCAAGUGGAAUGUGAGCAGAUUCUGUGGCGCGUGAAGACUCGAAGCGCGGGCGGGCGGCGAAAGCGAAGCUCCGCGGAGACUCGAAAUGGGCUAGAGAGGACGUCGUCCUCCGCCACUGUGCGGCAAUGCCGCGGCCCAAACCUCGACGGCGCGUUAGACGCGUCGUCUGCCGCCUCAGCGUCUUCGUCUGCCGCGAGUCCGCGCGCGGCUGUGGAAGCGCCACCAGGCGGCGAGAGGCCAACUCGGGGCAAGCUUCCGUCGGCGGCUGCGUCGCCCGUGCGAACCGCUUCGUGCGGCUCCCUCUCCUCCUCAGCCGCUUCGCCCCGCGUGUUCUUCUCAGGCGACAUCGCGGCGGUGGUUCAGCUGCGCGGGUCGGUGCCGGUCUUUUGGGGUCACUUGCCCACGCAGGCGUCGCUGUGGCCGCCGUUUCUGCAGGGUCUGAGUCCGCCUCUGCGGCUGUCCUCCGCGACCUUGGAUCCGCGCUUCCUCCACACGAAGGGUCACUUUGACGCGCUGCACCACGUGUACGGGUGCCCGAUCCUGUGCCUCGACCUUGUGCGCCAGCAGCCUCUGAACCACAUGGAAACGAAGCUCGCCAGCACCUAUCGCGCGGCUCUCGCGGCGACAAACGAGAUGUAUCGUGCGCACCGCCGCGCGAUUCUGCGGCGUCUCCAGCAGGCGCUCGCCCAAGAGAACGCGGAAGACGCGUGCAGGCCGUCGUCUUCCGCCUCGGCAGCCUCGGCCGCAGGCGCGGCGGCUGCCGGCGCUUCUGCGGACUCGAGGAGUGGCAGAGACACUUCGGCAUGCGCGCCGGAAACUCCGACUGGAGUGGGGCCACAGGCGGAGCCGAAUCAGGUGGAAGAAACGAAAGGCAAAGGCAAACAGAAACAGGAAUGCAGACUGAACUCGACAGGCGCCGCGCACAUGGAGGCGCAGGCGGAAUUCAGUCCGCGCGGAGGUGGCAAUCGGGCUCUUUGCACGCCAGGCGAAGACAGCGCGCACAGCCCACGCGAGUUGCAAGAGCCUGAGGCGGAGCAGGCAGAAGCAGCAGCUGUGCUAGCGGAGGAAAUCUCCAAGGAUGCUCGAGAUUGCGCGUCACCUCUCCCCCCAGAGGUUUCGUCGGCUCCGGCAGGUUUCAGACCGCGAGCAGUAGUCAAGGAGGCGGUGGCGAAGCAGAAGGCAGGCGCGGGCAGCAGGCCAACCGACGCCCGGCGGCAGCGCGGUGUGGACGCACUCGGUUCGAAUGACGAGGCGUUUGAUCCUCUGCCUGGAUGGACUGGCCGCUGGGCGCUGUUCAAGCAGGAGGCUGGCGGAGGCGCGAGACCGGCAGACUGCCACAGCACCGAGAGCCGCGUUCGGAGUCCGUCCUGCUGGACUCACGACGGGCUCUGCUUCCGGUGCAUGCAGAGCUUCGUGGGAGACGCGGGCCGUGACGCAGCGCCGGCGGACCAGACGGGCCGGCCGCAGGCGAACAGACUUCAGACGAUGGCACGAGCCUUGAGUGCUGCUCAGAGGCGCGCCUGCUGCUGCGAGGUCGCCUACGAAGCGUUCGACUGGCAGGACGCAGACAGACGCCUGGGGUUCGACGAGGCUCUCCAGCGACUCUUCGGGCUGGUUGCCACGUCUCUGCGGUUGACAGGGUCUUUUGUGUGCUUCGCGCGUUCGAGCCGGCGACGCGCACUGCAGGCCCCCGCGGAGACACAGCCGAAUGGGGACGCACGAGGCGACUGGACGAGCCCAAAGGACGCAACCACAGCGGAGAACACGGCUCACGAAGGCAGAGAGACAUUUGCGCGCGGGUCGCGACCCUGUAAUGCCGAGGGUAGUUUGAAGGUGCACGGCCCCGGGGAUGCUGCGAGCGGAGACCGAGGAGGGCGAGCAGAACCCCGCAGCAGAUACACAGCGCCGGAUGGGGAUAUCGGGGAGGACGGUGACGUGGCUGCGGGGUUCAUGAGUGAGAUCCAGCAGGGGGUGAUUCGAAUCAACUGCGUUGACUGCCUAGAUCGAACGAACCUCGCCAUGCUGGGCCUUGGAGUGGCGGCGCUGUACCGACACCUUACGACGCUCCUCCGCUCCCGAGCGCUGCAGGGAGGCGCGUGGACGUUCGCGCGAGAAGAAGACAUCGAGGAGAGAGAAAAGCGAUCUUUUGCUCCCAGUGCGUGGUGGAAGCGGGCGAUGCGCGAACGGCCAGCGACUCGAGAGGGAGAAGUGGAGGGUUGGCUGGGCGAAGAUUUCGCAGCAGAUGAUGGAAGGCGCUCGUCUUCACCUCGUUUGAAUGAGACGUCGCCGCAGACAGCGGCGCCAGCGCCGACAGAGACAAAGCGAGAGGGCGACUCGCGGAGCGAGGGAGGGCACGCAGCUGUCGUCCAUCAGCUGCCCUCUUCUGCGUCGCGUUUUCUCUUCUCGUGGACGUCUUCCUUUGACUCUCUUCUGACCUCAAGCAGCGACAGCGAAGGCGAGGAAGGCGACGCGCGGGACUCCACGAACGACACCACAACGGAGGGCAGCUCCUCUCUCGGAUUUGACGCGGAGUCGACUCUUUCGCGGAGCGACAGCGACUUUUCAUCGCAUCUCUCCGCGGCAGGCUCUUCCGUGGACCUGCCCGCGUCUGCCUCUGCGUGCUGCUGGACGCCUUAUUCCCCGUUUGCCGAUUCUCCGCAGGCCCCGUCGCCGCCUCAGGCUUCAGCGCCCUCCUCGUCUGCUUCGCCGUCGGCUGCUGCGAGGCCUUCUUCAACCCCGCUGCCUGCCCCUGCGCCCGCGGCGUCGGUGUCGUUUUUAAACUUUUUGCCGACUCUGCUGCUGCAGAUUGUGGGAGAAGCCUGGGGCGAGGUAGGCGACGCGCUCGCGCAGCAGUACGGUGGCUCCCCGGCGAUGCAUGCGGCUGACUUUGGCGCCGCGGCCGGCGUCGCGCGAGCCGCUGAGGCGCAAGCCAACGAGGCGCUCGCGGGUGCGCGCAAAGCCAGGGAGGCGCGCAGCAAGGGAGACCGUGGCAAGGCUGAGGAAGCCGAAAAGCGCGUCUGGCGAGCAGUGAAGCGAAGCAACGUGCUGAUCGCCGUUCAGAGGUACUUUAACAACUGCGUCUACGACGCCGACAAGCAGCGCGGAUUGGAUUUGUUCGUGGGUCUUUUCAGGCCGUAUGCUUCUCCGACUGACAUUUGGCUGAGAGAUCCUCUAGACCCCUUUUCCCGCUUCUUGACUUCGCCGGCGCUCCCACUUCCCCCGCCACGCCUCCUCUUUCCGCUGCCGUCGCCGGCGGCUGUCAAAGACGCUUCGGCCGCGGCGGCGUCUGCGGGCGGCGAGAGGCCUCGCGGGUGGAGAGAAGGGCGACGCGGAAACGAAGAGGAGACUGGUCGGCCGGCUGUGGCAGGCUCCAAGGCAGGCGAAGAGGGUGCGGGCGUGCGGGGGAGGAAAUCGCGCCGAAACUCAGAUCCGUGUCUCAUCGAAGGGGAAGAGUUUUUCGCCGCAGGCGACGCCGUCAGUUCCGGCGUGUGCUGGGCGUGCAGGGGCAUCCGGCUCUGGAGCAUCCACUAG